AUGAUCAAUGGUGGGAUGGAGUAUGGAUAUGUGUAUCCCACCGAUGCAUUUAUAUUUCUUCGUGUUUCACAUGAUUGUCCUUCCCCUGUAUACCAUUAUCUAUCGGUGCCGAGAGAAGACGCUGGUGAUACGACUGGAUGGACCGGUAAUCUACGUGACGAUAACAGAUUACACUUGACAGCACUCGGCCAGGUGUUGGCCUUUACCCUCCGUGCUUUGCAAACGCCGCAGCGGGGUAUCCAAUGGCAAAGAUGGGCAGCGAGCAAACUGGACACAUGGGAAAUUAUAUAUGACAACCUUUGGGACGAAAUAUCGGUGCUGGAUGUGCCCUCUUCGGUAUUAAAAUCCCCACAGAGCAGAAACAAAUACUGUCGUUUUGCAUCAUGUACUCCGUUGGAAGCUCUGAGUUCAUCUGAGUCUGAUGAUUCCCCCGACGGAUCUGACCCCAACGCCCCGAGUCGGCAGCCCAAGGGCUCCAGCUUCACCGAUUCUUCAGCCUUGUCGCCAUCAUCAGCCGCAAUAAUGCCAUGA